CUCAGCACGGGAGGGGAAGCUGCCGUUGCCAGGCAACGCCGCAGCGGGCGGGGGGAGCGGCCUGGUCGGCCCCGAAGCGGAGCAGGUCUUUCUUCAGUGAGACUCAGCAGUAACCUUUAAUGAUGGGAGACGUCCUCGCUUAUGAAGCCGAGUUACUUGGACUGGUGAAAGAGUAUUUAGACUUCGCAGAGUUUGAAGACACAGUGAAAACAUUUACAAAGGAAUGUAAAAUAAAAGGGAAGCCAUUACCUAAAACAGCAGGUGGUUCCUUGAGAGAUUCAAAAGCUUUGAUUAUCCAGAAGGAUCUGCUUGCAGCAUUUGAAGAUGGAGAUCAGAAAGUUUUCUUUGAACUUUGGGAGGAGCAUAUUUCCUCUUCACUCCGAGACAAUGACCCUCUUGCCCAGAAGCUGGAGUUCUAUCUUCACAUCCACUUCGCCAUCUACCUCUUGAAGCACUCUGUGGGCAAGCCGGACAAAGCUGACUUUGAUGAAAGGAUUUCUCACUUUAAAACAUACCUGGAGACUAAAGGGGCUGCACUGAGCCAGACCACAGAAUUCCUCCCCUUCUAUGCUUUGCCUUUUGUUCCCAACCCCAUGGUCCACCCAUCCUUUAAAGAACUCUUUCAGGAUUCUUGGAUGCCGGAGUUAAAGAUGAGGUUGGAGAAGUUCCUGUCUCUGACUCUCAAAGCCAGUCAUGUCCCAAGGCUUCUCACUUUAUACAAGGAGAAUGGACAGUGCAGCAAAGAAAUGUUGCAGCAGCUUCAUCAGCAGCUAGUGGAGGCUGAGCGCAGGAGCAUGACCUACCUUAAACGGUUUAAUAAAAUCCAGGUAGACUAUCACAAUCUCAUCGGGGUCACUGCUGAGCUGGUGGAUUCCCUCGAGGCCACAGUCAAUGGCAAGAUGAUCACGCCAGAAUAUCUUCAAAGUGUCUGUGUUCGUUUGUUUAGCAAUCAGAUGAGACAAAGUAUAGCUCAUAGUAUUGACUUCACGAGGCCUGGAACUGCAUCAACAAUGUUAAGAGCAUCUUUAGCCCCUGUGAAAAUACAGGAAGUGCCAUUGUUACCUUCUUUGGAUUAUGAGAAGCUGAAGAAAGAUCUGGUCAGCGGGAGUGAUCGUCUUAAAGCUUUUUUACUGCAGGCUCUACGCUGGCGCUUGACGACGUCUCAUCCCGGUGAGCAGAGAGACACCGUCCUGCAGGGUUAUAUCAGCAAUGACCUACUGGAUAUCCACAACAGUAGCCAGCGAAAUGUGCUAAAAUUGCUACAUUCCAAGAGUGAGGUGGUCCGACAGUACGUGGCGAGGCUUAUCAAUGCUUUUGCUUCGCUGGCAGAAGGUCGGCUCUACCUUUCCCAGAACCCAGAGUUGCUGCGAGUGCUGGAGGAAAGGCUGAAAGCUGAAGACAAGGAUUCCCUUACACGGGAGAAUGUUCUGGGGGCUUUGCAGAAAUUCAGCCUCAGACGUGCCUUGCAGACGGCUAUGAUCAAUGACGGGCUCAUUUUCUGGCUGGUUGAUGUUCUAAAGGAUACGGAUUGUCUGUCAGAUUACACGCUGGAAUAUUCUGUCGCCUUGCUCAUGAAUCUUUGUCUCAGGAGUUCAGGGAAGAAAAUGUGUGUGAAAGUUGCAAACCACGUGCUCAAAGUUCUCUCUGAUCUUCUUGGCCAUGAGAACCAUGAGAUACAGCCAUAUGUGAAUGGAGCGCUGUACAGCAUUCUUGCUAUCCCUUCCAUACGAGAAGAAGCCAGAGCAAUGGGAAUGGAAGAAAUUCUGCGGUGCUUCAUCAAGGAAGGAAACGCCGAGAUGAUCCGGCAAAUUGAAUUCAUUAUCAAACAGCUCAAUUCAGAAGACCCAUUGGAUGAUAGUGUUGAGUCUGAUGAUGAAGAGGAGGAUGAAGAUGAUGAAGAGGACCAUGAUACAAUGGAGGCUGAUCUGGACAAAGAUGAAGUGUUACAACCUCAGCUGGGAGAGCUGUCAGGAGAGAAGCUGCUGACGACAGAGUAUUUGGGAAUAAUGACCCAUACACCAAAAGUGAAAAAGAAGCUGUUUCCUGGUGUCCAUCAGAGCAUAGAUGAGCCUCUCCAGAGACCAGUCACCCCGGGCUAUCACAGAGCUGCAUACCCAACGCCAGAAAAUGAUGCCAUUUCUUCCCAUGGCAGGGACAGCAAAUUCCAGUCUAUGCAUAACUGUCGUCCUCCCACUCGUAGCGGUAGCAGGUCCAGCACUUCCGACUUUUGUAUUUCCUCUGCAGCAAUUGAAACAGACUCAUCCAAGGUAUUCUCAGCGGGUCUCAGAACGGAUCAACACCUCCCAGCAGUUACUGAAGUCCUGUCUGCCCGAUCCACUGAUUUUGUCCAGGACGAAGUUAAUGGGCAAUCAUACAGAUUCCUUCAAAUAACCAUUGGGUGGCAACAACUUUUGCUGCUGCCUGACUUGGGGCAGAUUUGAAGCAGUGACUCAGAAGCAAAAGAAUAUGGAGUCGAUGAGGAUAGAUGCUGAAGGGGCAGGGUGUGGAUGUGUUGGGGAGAGGAUAUACCAAGCCAGUAUCUGGACCCAACUUUCAGAGGUUCUGACGACCUUCAGGUCCCGUGGACUUCAGUUGAAGCUGUGGGUACUCCUCCUUCUGGGUCUUGGGCUCUGUGGCUAGAGCUUUCUGUUUCUCUAUUGCAUAUCUCUCCCUAUUAUUUCCUUAAUUUUUCAGUUGCACUGCCCCCAUGCUGAGAUAUGAGAAAUUAUCUCUUGCCAACAAGUUAGCACUUCUGGGACAUGUAAUGGUCCGAUUCUGUUGCCCUGCAGCAGCAUUUAUAUUUCUGAAUUGCCCAUCUCCAUGGUAACUGAGCAAACAUUACAAACAUGAAUAGUACAUCAGAAGUAUGUGAAAGGAUCCACGUUUCCUCCCCUGUGUCAGACAGAGCCAGCUGUUUCUCAGUCACUCUGGAGUGCAGCUAGCUGCGAACUGGCAGC